AUGGAAGAUCAAAUCCAAGCCUCUAACAGUCCUAUCCAUGGCUCUGAGAGAAACGAACCGGUAAGGUCGAGAUGGAGUCCAAAACCAGAACAAAUCCUUAUACUUGAGUCCAUCUUCAACAGUGGAAUGGUCAAUCCUCCAAAAGAUGAAACAGUGAAGAUAAGGAAAUUACUCGAGAAAUUCGGAACUGUUGGGGACGCAAACGUAUUUUACUGGUUCCAAAACCGGCGGUCAAGGUCUCGCCGCCGGCAACGCCAAAUUCAAGCAAAUCUUAGUGCAGAACAGUCAGCUCCUACACGCACCAGUGGUGUAAGUACGCAGUAUGAGAGUGCUUCACAUCCAGGCUUUGUUGCUUCACCGUCGUUUGUUACGUCACCGUCCUCAUGUCUUGUCGGUGGUGCUUCAUCAUCAUGUGGAGUGGUUGGCAUUGAUGGUGUUGUUGAUAACCUUUUUUUGUUUUCUGGUCAAAUGGGUCUUCAGGAAAUUGAGCAAAACUCUGCUGCGACUUCAACCUUUUGCCCCUCGGAUGGUUUGAAUUUGCACUACCAAUCUGAAUUAAUCAGUGUGUAUAUCAAUGGGGUUGUUACGGAGGUUCCAAGGGGGCCACUUGACAUGAAAGCUAUGUUUGGUCAAGAUUUAGUGUGCGUUCAUUCUUCUGGAUUGCCUGUACCUGUCAAUGAGUGCGGAUUUUCAGAGCACAGCUUGCAGCAUGGUGAAAGCUAUUUCCUG